CAGCCUCUGGCGCCGCUGCCACCGCCAUCUCCGCCGCUAGCAGCGCCGUCGCCACCGCGCCCAGCUCCGUUCCAGCUUGUGCGUCCUCUCCUCUCGCUAUGCCUCCCCGCCGCGCCCAGGCGCCCGGUGCCCCGCUGCUGCCCGUGCUGGCCCUGCUGCCGCUGCUGCUGGGUGCUGGGCCCCAAAGCGGCUGCUUGGCCAGCCCGGUGCCCGCCGCGCCCCUGCCUGCUCCGGGACCGUGCGCUUCGCAGCCCUGUCGGAACGGGGGCGUGUGCACUCCGCGUCCAGUGACCGACCAAGAGCAUCCCGUGGCCGAUGCUGAACCCCGCUACAGCUGCACCUGUCCCGCUGGGGUCUCUGGCACCGACUGCCAGUUUGUUGCAGAUCCUUGUGCCAGCAACCCUUGUCACCAUGGCAACUGCAGCAGCAGCAGCAGCAGCAGCAGCAGCAGCAGCAGCAACGAUAGUUACCUCUGCAUUUGCAACGAUGGCUAUGAAGGUCUUAACUGUGAACAAGCACUUCCCAGUAUUCCAACCUCUGGCUGGACAGAGUCCAUGGCACCCAGACAGCUUCAGCCUGUUCCCGCCACCCAGGAGCCUGACAUAAUCCUGCCCCACUCUCAGGCAACAGUGACGCUGCCAACUUGGCAGCCAAAAACAGGGCAGAAAGUUGUAGAAAUGAAAUGGGACCAAGUAGAGGUGGUCCCUGAUGUUGCCUGUGGGAAUGCCAGUUCUAACAACUCUGCAGGCGGCCGCCUAGUGUCUUUUGAAGUACCACAGAACACCUCUGUAAAGAUUCGGCAGGAUGCCACUGCUUUGCUGAUCUUGCUGUGGAAGGUCACAGCCACAGGCUUUCAACAGUGCUCCCUCAUAGAUGGACGAAGCGUGACACCCCUCCAGGCUCCAGGGGGCCUUGUCCUGUUAGAGGAGAUGCUGGCCUUGGGACCCAACCACUUCAUUGGUUUUGUGAAUGAUUCUGUUGCUAAGUCCAUUGUGGCUUUGCGUUUAACGCUCGUGGUGAAGGCUAGCAACUGUGUGCCCGGGGACAGCCACUCAAAUGACUUAGAGUGUUCGGGAAAAGGAAAAUGUGUCACGAAGCCAUCAGAGGCAACCUUUUCCUGCACCUGCGAGGACCAGUACAUUGGCACGUUCUGUGAAGAAUUUGAUGCCUGUCAGAGGAAACCUUGCCAGAAUGAGGCGAGCUGUAUUGAUGCGAACGAGAAGCAGGCCGGGAGCAAUUUCACUUGCCUUUGCCUUCCGGGUUAUACUGGAGAGCUUUGCCAGUCCAAGAUUGAUUACUGUGUCCUAGAUCCAUGCAGAAAUGGAGGCACAUGCGUUUCCAGCCUCAGCGGGUUCACCUGCCAGUGUCUGGAAGGGUACUCCGGCUCGGCCUGUGAAGACAAGGUGGACCCCUGCGUGUCUUUGCCGUGUCAGAACAACGGCACCUGCUACGCGGACGGUGUGCACUUCACCUGCAGCUGCAGUCCAGGCUUCACAGGGCCUACAUGUGCCCAGCUUGUGGACUUCUGUGCCCUCAGCCCGUGUGCUCAUGGCAUGUGCCGUAGCGUGGGUACCAGCUACAAGUGCCUCUGCGAUCCAGGUUACCAUGGCCUCUACUGUGAGGAAGAAUACAAUGAGUGCCUGUCUGCCCCUUGCCUGAAUGCUGCCACCUGCCGGGACCUCGUCAAUGGCUAUGAGUGUGUGUGCCUGGCAGAAUACAAAGGAACACACUGUGAACUGUACAAGGACCCCUGUGCUAACAUCAGUUGUCUGAAUGGAGGUACCUGUGACAGCGAAGGGCUGAAUAGCACGUGCAUCUGUGCGCCCGGGUUCACAGGUGAAGAGUGUGACAUUGACAUCAAUGAAUGUGACAGUAAUCCUUGUCAUCAUGCUGGAACCUGCUUGGACCAGCCCAAUGGUUACACCUGCCACUGUCCUCAUGGCUGGGUGGGAGCAAACUGUGAAAUCCACCUGCAGUGGAAGUCUGGGCACAUGGCUGAGAGCCUCACCAACAUGCCGCGGCACUCCCUCUACAUCAUCAUCGGAGCCCUGUGUGUAGCCUUUGUUCUCAUGCUCAUCAUCCUGAUCGUGGGCAUCUGCCGCAUCAGCCGUAUUGAGUACCAGGGCUCCUCCCGGCCAGCCUAUGAGGAAUUCUACAACUGCCGCAGCAUUGACAGUGAGUUCAGCAAUGCCAUCGCGUCCAUCCGGCAUGCCAGGUUUGGGAAGAAGUCUCGGCCUGCAAUGUACGACGUGACUCCCAUUGCUUAUGAGGAUUACAGCCCUGAUGACAAACCCUUGGUCACACUGAUUAAAACAAAAGAUUUGUAAUCUUUUUUUUUGGAUUAUUUUUCAAAAAAUAUGAGAUACUAAGAUCGUUUAAAUAUUUUUAAGAAAAUUAAAAAGCUUAAGAGAUGUAAAAUGUUAGCUGCUCAAGAGUUUUCAGUAGACUAUCAAGGAACUAAUUUUCUGCAGCUUUUAGUUUGAAAAACAGUAUUUUAAAAAAAAAAACAGAAUUUGUGAAAUCCGUAGACCAUGUUUUAAUGUACUUUCAGCUCUCAACACUGUAUACUUCAACAAGUAUGGGCUCGUUUGACAGUAGACCCACCACGAAACCCAGAUGGACUUCUGUGGUUGUUACAGAAUAAACCUUAUGUAGGAAGAGUUUCUUUUGACGUGUGAUGCCGGCUUUCUGAGUAGAGUUAGGAAAAUAAAUAGAGUAUGAUGCAUAAUUCAGUAUAAUCGUUACUUAAUAUGACGUGGCGUCCGAGAUGUUUGUUUUGUGAAAAAAAGAAAACUAGUUAAAUUUAUUAUUCCUAACCUGAAUGAAAUUAGCCUCUGCCUUAUUCUGUGCAUGGGUAAGUAACUUAUUUUCUGCACUGUUUCUGUUGAACUCUGAGGAAAUGUUGUUCUUUCCAGUUUGUUUCAGUCAUUUCCUUGUAACAGUCCUUGAACUUGGCCUUGUAAACAUAAACAAGGAAAGGGUCUAGAGAAGCAAAGACUUAUCAGUUUCAACUUAUACUUUUUCCUUUAAAAGUUAAGUAUUUUUCAUUUUAAUUGUGAGUGGAUUAAAUUAUGUUGCAGGUGUUUCUUGCUAAGAGGUAGUGACAUGUAAGAGGUGCUGGUCCCUUCUGUAGUGUUUCUUAUAGUGCACAUUUCUUUAUACCCAAGACAAUUUUUG